AUUGGUUCCCGCACGAGGAGGGGCGGAAGCAAAGGCUGGAGACUGGGCUCGGUUGGAAGACCUGAGAGGAGUCAUGGAAGUAGUGAAAUGCCCUGAGCACGAGACUUUCUGCUUUUUGAAGACCGGCGUUCGCGAGGGCCCGAAUAAAGGAAAGAGCUUCUACGUGUGCCGGGAGGACACGUGCGGCUUCGUGCUGGCCACUGAUAUUCCUGUUUCCCAUUGUUUAUUUCAUGAGGAUUUUGUGGUAGAGCUUCAGGGUUUGUGUCUACCACAGGGCAAGAAAGAAUACAGGUUGUUGUUCCGGUGCACUAGAAGUAAGGCAAAGGGGAAACAGUGGUGUGGAAGUGUCCCAUGGCAGGAUCCUAAUGCUAAAGAACUUCCUGUCACCAAUAAAACUCAUACCUCUGAGCCAUUUCCUCAGCCUUCCAGCCAGCCCAGAAACCCAUUCAAGGUGCUUGACAAGAAUCAAAAACCAGCUCUUUGCAAACAGUCCAUCGAAAGGGAAGGAGGGGGAAAGCCAGCUGAUAGGAAGCCAAGGGAAAAGGGAGACCAGCCUUUGGAUCAAAAGAAGGUAGAGAAGCCUGAAUCAAACUGCUGGAUGGAGAAAGAUCUCUCAUCCAGCCUGGUGAUAAAGAAAAAGCAAUCUGGCAUUCAAAAGAAUACGCAAAGGGGAAGGACAGAGUUUCAGUGCAGAGAGGAGGAGGCUGAAGGAAUUGCAUCCAAACAGUGCAGUGGAAAUGAGCUGAGAGGAGCAUCUGUGUCUCCUUCUCAGGAGAAGUCAGAUGGCGAGAGUCAAGAUGUCCAAAACAAAUCGGACCCUCUGAGAGAAAAGGAAACCCAGCUUUUGCCUCGAACUGUUCACAAUCAGAACCCAGUAAACCAGCCCCAGAAAGAGGGACAUCUCAGCAAGGCUCACCUCCAGAACUGCAAGGCUAAGGAAUCAGAGGCAAAGGAUGGCUCAACUACACAGACCUUCCAGAAAAGGCUGCCUCAGGAGCAUUUCCAGGCCCCAGUGGCGGCUUGUGGGCCUGCUCAUAAAGGACCAGUGGCAUCAGGGCUUUCUCUGGGAGAGGUGGCCUCCAGCAGUGAUGACAGUGAGGAAGAUGCUGCUGCUUUUGCUUCUAUUAAGCCAGAGAGCCCGCUACUCUUUGACUCUUCAGUGGACAGACAAAAGAAGGAGAAUCUUCGACUCCCUGAUCAAAGUGUGCGAAGGAAAAUACUGACGGGCACGGGUAUUCCCAGGAAGGUAGAACCCCCCAGCUCAGCAGCCCAGCACAGGCACCUUACCACGCAGCUCAGACACAAGAAGAGCACCCUGGCAUCGGUGAACAUCCAGGCUCUUCCAGAUAAAGGUGAGAAGUUAUUAAAGCAAAUCCAGGAGCUGGAGGAAGUACUUGGUGCCCUGGUCCUCUCCCCAGAGCAAGGAACUAAUGAGAAGAGUAACACUCAAGCGUCAAAACAGAGCAGCUUCACUGAAGCUGCCAUGGACCCUCCCCAAUUGGUGCCUGCCCAAUCCCUUCCGGGUCAUGAUCUCCAGCCGCUAGGCUCUCUAGGACUAAUGACAGCCUCUCAGGGAACUGCUGGAAGACCCAAUCAGUGUUCUGGAGGCCAUAGGAAGCAAGAUCGCUAUUAUGCAGUGUGGAAAGUCACAAGUGAAGCCAUUGAUGAGCUGCAUCGAUCACUGGAGUCGUGUCCUGGUGAGGCAGGAGUGGCAGAAGAUCCAGCUGGCUUGAAGGUCCCUUUGCUACUGCACCAGAAGCAGGCAUUAGCCUGGUUACUAUGGCGGGAAAGCCAGAAGCCAAAGGGAGGGAUUCUGGCCGACGAUAUGGGCUUAGGAAAAACCCUGACAAUGAUUGCACUCAUCCUGACCCAGAAGAAUCGAGAGAAAAACAAAGAAAAAGUCAAGGUGGCUUUGACAUGGAUUUCCAAAAACGACUCCUCUGUUGUUACUUCCCAUGGAACACUAAUUGUCUGUCCUGCUUCCCUGAUCCAUCAUUGGAAAAAUGAGGUAGAGAAACGUGUGAACAGCAACAAACUAAGACUCUGUCUCUAUCAUGGGCCAAACCGGAAUCGGCAUGCAAAAGUCCUCUCUACAUAUGACAUCGUGAUUACUACUUACAGCCUUCUGGCCAAGGAGAUUCCCACAAAGAAGCAGGAGGAAGAGGUCCUAGGUGCAGACCUGGGUGUGGAGGGCUUCUCAACACCUUUGCUCCAAAUAGUCUGGGCUCGAGUCAUACUGGAUGAAGCUCACAAUGUGAAGAACCCCCGAGUGCAGACGUCCAUGGCCGUAUGCAAGCUGCAAGCCCAUGCCCGCUGGGCUGUCACUGGAACCCCCAUUCAGAACAAUCUGUUGGAUAUGUAUUCACUACUGAAAUUCCUCCGCUGUUCUCCAUUCGAUGAGUUCAAUCUGUGGAAAAGUCAGGUUGACAAUGGUUCAAAGAAAGGAGGAGAGCGGUUAAGUAUUUUAACCAAGAGCCUUUUGCUGAGGAGAACAAAAGACCAACUGGACUCCACUGGCAAACCCUUGGUGAUGUUGCCCCAGCGUAAAUGUGAGCUGCAUCAUUUAAAGCUUUCUGAAGAUGAAGAGACUGUGUACAAUGUCUUUUUCACAAGGUCACGAUCUGCUCUGCAGUCCUAUCUAAAAAGACAUGAAAUUGGAGGAAACCAAUCCGGAAGAAGCCCUGAUAAUCCAUUCAUUAGCGUGGCCCAGGAGUUUGGGUCCAGUGAGCCUGGGUGCCUUGUGGCAGCAGACUGGCAGAAAUCCAGCACCGUCCACAUCCUGUCCCAGCUGCUGAGACUCCGCCAGUGUUGCUGUCAUCUUUCUUUACUGAAGUCGGCCUUGGAUCCGGCAGAAUUGAAGAGUGAAGGCCUUUCCCUUUCCCUGGAAGAGCAGCUCAGCGCUCUGACCUUGUCUGAAGUCCACGACACAGAGCCAUCUGCCACUGUUUCCCUUAAUGGCACACACUUCAAGGUGGAGCUCUUUGAAGACACACAAAGCAGCACCAAGAUAUCAUCUCUGUUGGCAGAAUUGGAGGCAAUCCGAAGAAAUUCAGCAUUCCAAAAGAGUGUCGUUGUCUCUCAGUGGACCAGCAUGCUGAGAGUGGUAGCGCUGCACCUUAAGAAGCAUGGACUGACUUAUGCCACCAUCGAUGGCUCCGUCAAUCCCAAACAGAGAAUGGACUUGGUAGAGGCAUUUAACCACUCCAGGGGCCCUCAGGUUAUGCUAAUCUCUCUCUUGGCUGGAGGUGUUGGUCUAAAUCUGACUGGAGGAAACCAUCUUUUCCUUCUGGACAUGCACUGGAAUCCGUCCCUUGAAGAUCAAGCUUGUGACCGAAUUUACCGAGUAGGGCAACAGAAAGACGUUGUCAUACACAGAUUUAUUUGUGAGAGGACAGUGGAAGAGAAGAUCCUACAGCUUCAAGAAAAAAAGAAAGAUUUAGCCAAACAAGUUCUCUCCGGAUCUGGAGAAUCUGUCACCAAGCUUACCCUGGCUGACCUCAAGGUCCUUUUUGGCAUCUAACCCCCUGUCUAGGGUGCAGUCAGUGCCACUACUGGUUUGAAUUAGCAUCCGGGAAAAUACCCUAGCCUUCACCCCUGAGCUCUGCUCUGGCAUUCCAUUUCACCUGCAAGCCUUACACGCUCCUCAAAACAAGGCAUAAUCUUGUCUCUAGAACUGAGGAUGGGUUAUUAUGUUAAACAUCUGGUUACUCAAUUAUAUUAACAGCUUCUUUAAUGCAUAGCAUAGAAACCAAUCAGUUCAUUCAGUUAAAUACAGUUAGACAACUCUGGCAAAAUUGUAUCUAAGCUUCAGUAAAGCUCAAAAAGCCCUGCACUGCCUUUCUUGGCUUAGUUGGUUCGGGAACCUGUGUUACAGGCUUAUGUCCUCUUGCUGGUCCUGCCCAUCUCUUCUUGCUCCUGACAGCAUUUCAAUGGGCUGAGCAGAGAGUAGUCCCCAGCCAGCCAUUCUUCUGCAGCUGUCUCAGUCCAGGCAGUUCUUCCUUUCAAGCUUAAGAUCAAGGAGAUGCUUUGCCCAUAAACAUGUUGAGUACUGUAUUGUUACUUCAUUUAGUAUCAGUGUGUCAUUUAGGGUUUGCAUCACUGUAUCAUUUAGUAGUGUAUCACUUAGUAGUGCAUCAUGUAGUAUAUCAGUGUGAAUAUCACUUAAUCACUAUCAUUUAAUGUUUCUAUCAUAUUUUAGUUAUUGGUAAGAUUGUCAUUUAGAAUUUAUUGAAUCGUUCUGUAUUUGUUAUUGUAUAGUCUAAUAAAUAUGUGUUUGAUAGUGUUGCAGA